AUGCCAAACUCUUCACCGGGUCGCCACUCUAACCGGGCUUUCCGCCUUGGAGCCGAUGACUUGGAAUUAGAGACAUCAUUCGGGAGUUUUCCAACGCCGGAUCCGUUGGGACAUCUUCUUAAUCGUGACAUCAACGAGCACUCACCGCUGAUCUUGGAGCGUAUUCGCGAGGAGAGCGAAGAUGAUACCAGUGGACCUCUAUCCGUUGAAAGCAACACGUCUUCAAAUGAACGACUCCCAGCAUCCAUUGAUAUUUUCUCUAUCAUUGAUGACAGUGAAGAAUGGAAGCCAACGGCUAGAUUCUGCCGCUAUGAAUGGGAUGUUGAAGGAUUCGACAAUCAUCUUGGAUGCGCUCACGUUCCGAUUAUGCCAAUGGAGACGUACCAAGCUCUUCAGAUAAUACUUGGAAAAGUUAUCAUUCAUCGUCAUGUCGAGUUUUGUGGAAUUGGAGGCUUGAUUUAUUACAUCGAAAAGAACAUUACUGAUCCAGAUUUUCCGAAUCUGGGUGAAACGAUCAAAUGUCUUCUUGAAAACAGAGUAGCUAAAGUUGAAAUGGAUGAGUCGAAGCGCAUGAAUAGAAGAAUGAACUCGUCUUCUCAAUCGUUGCAUGUCGACCAAUCGAUCUCCAAUCCUCCAGGUAAUUUGAAUUUAGUCUGUGUUUUCAUAAACUCUUUUUUCUUUUCAGCAAGAAUCCCACGGAAUCUCAUCUCGGAACCAAACAAUUUGGCUAGCAUGGACACACAUCCAGAGAGAAGAUUGGCCCCAUCCAAAUCAGGACUUCGUUUUGGUGCUUCUUUUGUCAGACCUCCACCCCUCGACUUCACUGAUUCCGAUGAGGAGAGUGAUCAGAGUCCAGAACAUAGUAUUCUCAUUUGUGGAGCUGUUGAAGAGGCUACCGUAUGCCGUCUUGUGGCUAUCCGAUUUGAAGAAGCCAUUGUGAUGAAAGACAUCAACCCAAAACGCAAAAAGCCAACAAGAACUCUCUAUUUCUUGCUUGGCCCAAACUUGCCAGAACACUCGUACCUGGAUCUCGGCCGCGCAUUCGCCACUAUCGUCUCUAACCCGGUUAGUUUUGUAUCGGUCGUUUGCCAGGCAGUGCAAAAAGUAUCUAACGCCGCAUUCGAAACUUUGAGAUAUCCAGAACUUCUCCCAAAAGCAGUUGACCGUUUCCUCGCGGAGACCGUCGUUAUCGCCCCGGGUAAAAUCCUCAGCAAAAACUACAUUUCCGGAGAACAAGUUCGGCGUGUUGUCAACAUGCAAUCGGAGAAAAAAGAGCGAUCGACAUCUAUGAGCGUUGUCCGCCCAUCAGAUGUCGAUGUUGAUAUCGAAAAGAAUGAAACUAAAAAAGAACCUGUUGAAGUGACAGGCUCAAGGCCUUACUUCCUUGGAAUGAGGCAAGAUAUUAAGAAUCGCUCAAAGUAUUUUUGGUCGGAUUACACUGAUGGAUUAAACUGGUCAAUGAUUACUGUCGUCGCUUAUAUGUUUGCCGUUACUGUCGUUCCAACUCUCACGUUUGGAGCUAUCUUAGAAUUGGGAACGCAAGGCGCUCUUUCCGUCAAAAGUUGUCUCUUUAGUCAAGCUUUCUCCGGCUUGAUAUGGUCGCUUUUUGCUGCUCAACCUCUUCUCAUCAUGUCUCCGACCGGACCAUUUUUGGUUUUUGAGAAAGCAUUGUCUAAGUGUGCCGCUUCCUGGGAUUAUGACUACAUUGAAGUCAGGGUCUACGUCGGAAUGUGGCUCUUCCUCUUCACGAUUCUCGGAACUUCGGUCAACUGCGCUAGAUUCAUUCGCUAUGUCACGGUUUUCACAGAGGACAUCUUCUGCUGUCUGAUAUCUGUCAUCUUUUUCACUGAAGUCGAAGAGUUCUUGAUGCGCGUAAGUGUAUUGUUUCAGUUUAUUAAUACUACAGUAACAUUUUUUCAGCAAUAUGAAGAAAACCCCAUUGUGAAUCUCGAGUAUUAUACGACGAAAGCGGCUAAUUGCACAGGAGAUCCAACUAGUUGCUCCCUUCCUGCACCAAACUCGUUUUUGAUCCAAACCAUCCUUCUGGUACUCUCUAUUGCAAUUUUCCAUUAUCUGAGACAAGUUGGAAUUUCAAACUUUUUUGGAAGAAAGCUCCGGAAUCUGUGCAAUAAUUUUGGAGGAAUCUUCGCAGUUGUCUUUGUCAGCAUUUUGUACCAUUUUCUAUUCAGCAACGUGAAAGUUGCUAUGGUUCAAAUUUCAGACACACAAAAUACUACUUCGUACAUGUACGGUUUUCUAGUCAUCCCAAAACUAGCUCCAGACGCUUUUCUGAUCGGAGGAUCCUUUAUGGCUGCUGUUUUCCUUUACGUGUUAAUUUUCGUGGAGGCGGAAAUUCCAGAACAAAUGGCAUUAAGAAAUAAGAGAAAGCUUAGAAAAGGAGGCGGACUUCACUGGGAUCUGAUCGUCGUUGGAUUUUGCACACUGUUCAGUUCAUUCACAGGUCUUCCCUGGAUGUGUCCAGCUGCAGUUCAAUCUUUGGCUCACAUCACCGCAUGCACCGAAUACGAAAAGACACAAAGAGGAGAACCAAAAAAAAUCAAAAGGGUCCUCGAGCAACGUGUUUCUGGAAUCGCCACCUAUAUUCUUCUUCUCGCAUUUGCUUUUUAUGGUCAUUUCUUGGCUAUUCCAUCUGCGGCAAUCUUUGGAGUCUUCUUCUAUUUGGGAGUCCGAAAUCUCGAGGGAAACCAGAUGAUUCAACGAGCUUCUCUGGUGUGCUACCUGCCCAAAAAUCGUGGUUCCCACAAGUUCUUAGAUUUGGCUCCGUUCUGGGUUGUUCAAUCAUACACGGUCCUCCAAAUCAUCUUCGUUUGUGGGAUGUAUGUAGUGAAAAGCAAGCCAACGCUUGGUGUCCUGUUCCCUUUAUUCCUCGUUAUCACCGCAUUCUUCGUUGCUGAAGUUCUUCCAAGAGUCUACGAUGAAAAACUUCUCGAAGCGCUUGAUGAGGAAGACGAAGAGAUAGAUAAAAACGAGGAUGAAGAAAGUGCUGAAGACUUCUAUCACAACGUCAGAAUACCCGUCUAG